UUAUGUGACGCGGUUGAAAUCAUCCGCGGUCUGUUGCAUUGCAACAGCGACAACAAACUUAUCGUUGAUCGUUAUUUACCACUUCACACAGGCCUGAGCCAGGAUGAGUGGCGGUGUCUACGGUGGAGAUGAGGUCGGAGCCUUGGUCUUUGACUUCGGACACUACUCCGUGCGAGCCGGAUACGCUGGUGAAGACUCUCCAAAGGCAGAGAUUCCUAGUACUGUUGGAGUCAUAGAAGAACUACUGGCUGAUGGACCUGACACAGAAACAAAAGACCUCGGUGCGUCAGCACCGGCUCCUCAGAAGAAGUACUUCAUUGACACGACUAGCAUUCAUGUUGCAAGGGCUAACAUGGACACUGCCUCGUUUCUCAAAGACGGCAUGGUUGAGGACUGGGACCUGUUCGAAAAAGUGCUGGACUACACCUACAGCCGACACGUCAAGUCCGAGCCACACCUCCAUCCUGUACUCAUGUCUGAAGCAUCGUGGAAUGCCCGAACAAAGAGGGAGAAGCUCACUGAAAUAAUGUUCGAAAAGUACGGCGUGCCGGCAUUCUUCCUCGUAAAAAACGCCGUCUUAGCAGCGUUUGCGAAUGGACGCUCGACCGGCAUCGUUGUCGACAGCGGAGCCAGCCAGACCUCGGCCGUCCCUGUGCACGAUGGCUAUGUUCUGACGCAAGCUGUCGUCAAAUCGCCGCUGGCCGGCGACUUUGUCACCAUGCAGUGCAAGCAGUUCCUCGAAGAGCAGGGCGUCGACAUCGUCCCAACGUACAUGCUGGCCGGCAAGGAGGCCGUCAAGGAAGGAGAGACGCCCAAGUGGACGAAAAAGAACAACUUGCCUGAAGUGACCAAGUCGUGGCACAACUACAUGGUCAAGGAGGUUAUCCAAGAUUUCCAGAGCUCCGUUCUUCAAGUUCUAGACUCUCCUUAUGACAAAGAGACAGUGGAAAACAUGCCCACAGUGCAUUACGAGUUCCCCAACGGCUACAACCAGGACUUUGGCUCAGAACGAUUCCUCAUCCCCGAAUCUCUCUUCGAUCCAUCAACAAUCAAGAGUGCGCCCGGUCAGACGAUGAUGGGCGUGGCGCAAGUGGUCACAACCAGUGUCGGCAUGUGCGACAUUGACAUACGGCCUAGUUUGUACGGAAGUGUCACAAUCACGGGAGGCAACACCCUUCUGCAAGGUUUCACCGAAAGGCUGAAUCGUGACCUGUCUGCCAAGACUCCGCCUAGCAUGAGGUUAAAGAUCAUCAGCACGAACGGAACUGCCGAGAGGAGAUUUGGCGCCUGGAUCGGCGGAUCCAUCCUGGCAUCUCUGGGUACGUUCCAGCAGAUGUGGAUUUCUAAGCAGGAGUACGAUGAAGGCGGCAAGUCUCAGGUGGAAAGGAAGUGCCCGUGAAGGUGAAGGAGUGAGCUCCUGGAGAUUGAGAGAAAGAGGAACACUUAAAGGCAGAAGGAUGUGCCACCCCUCUCCCCCUUUCCCCCGUGUUGAACUAUUGUGUUUCAUUUGUACAUACUGUAGACGACCCGAGAUUGACACCAUUUCGAAUAAAAUGGUUCUUUCUUGCUG